UAACACCCCUGUGUGUGACCUUUAAUAUUAAAAGUGUGACUUACAACUUCGGGUACCGGCGAAGUGUUAAGUCUAUAAAAGGGUUAUAACUUGUAUCGUAAUACUAGCGGUUUUGUGACAAUAACGUACAUAUACUACCGAAAGUAUCAUGCAAUUCUCUUCAGUCAAAGUACCUACAAAGCCUUAUGAUGGUCAGAAACCAGGGACAAGUGGUCUUCGGAAAAGUGUUUCUGUAUUUAAGCAGGAAAACUACACCGAAAACUUCAUCCAGUGUAUUCUGGCAGCACUGGGUGAACGAAAAAAUGGCUGCUGUCUUGUUGUUGGCGGUGAUGGUCGGUACUUCUCUAAAGAAGCAGUUGAUAUCAUAAUUAGAAUCUGUGCUGGAAAUGGAGUGAAGAAGUUGAUUGUUGGUCAGAAUGGAAUCAUGUCAACUCCUGCUGUGUCUUGUGUUAUAAGAAAAUAUCAGACAGAGGGAGCAAUUAUCCUUACAGCAAGUCAUAACCCUGGAGGUCCAGAUGGUGACUUUGGUAUCAAGUUCAACACAGCUAAUGGAGGACCUGCACCAGAUAGUGUCACUAGUGAAAUAUAUUCAUUAACUCAAAAAAUUAGUGAAUAUUCCCAUUGUCCUGACUUAACAGUAGAUAUAACCCAGAGAAGAACACAGGAAUUUAAAGUUGAAAAUCAUCCUUUUACCAUUGAAGUGGUAGAUUCUGUGGCUGACUACCUUAGCUUGAUGAAGGAAAUUUUUGAUUUUGAUUCAAUUCGUAGUUUUCUUGCUGGAUCAAGUAGUAAUACUCCGUUCAAGAUCCGGCUAGACUCUAUGCAUGGAGUUACUGGACCUUAUGUAGAAAGGAUAUUUUGUGAUGAGUUGGGCACAUCAAAAGACAGUGUUGUUAACACCAAACCUCUAGAGGACUUUGGAGGCCAUCAUCCUGAUCCAAACCUCACAUAUGCUGCAGAUCUAGUAAAAACUAUGAAAGGUGGGGAGUAUGGAUUGGGAGCUGCAUUUGAUGGUGAUGGGGAUCGCAACAUGAUUCUUGGACAUCAAGCUUUUUUUGUCACUCCAUCUGAUUCCCUGGCUGUUAUUGCUGCAAACUUAGACAGCAUUCCAUAUUUUCAAAACAAAGGAGUUAAAGGUUAUGCUCGGAGUAUGCCUACUGCCGGAGCUGUAGAUCGAGUUGCAAAACAAACUGGAAAAGAAUUUUUUGAGGUACCUACUGGUUGGAAAUAUUUUGGAAAUCUAAUGGAUGCUGGUAGGAUAUCCCUUUGUGGUGAGGAGAGUUUUGGAACUGGCUCAGAUCACAUAAGGGAGAAAGAUGGAGUCUGGGCAGCUCUAGCAUGGCUUUCAAUUUUAGCUAAAAAAGGAAAAAGUCUAGAAGAACUCCUCAUUGAUCACUGGGCUAAAUUUGGACGUAAUUUUUUCACAAGAGCUGGUGAUUGACACUUCAGGUUCUGUUGGAACAUACUAAAGAAGCCUCCUUUGUUGUUGUAAAAUGAAAUGAAUCAAUUUUUGGAGCAGCAAAGUAAAACUCAAGAUUCUUAUUCUAAUGGUAUAAAAAAAUUAAUAUGUGAUAAUAUG